ACCCUUUUACCAGAUCCUAAUAUGGCCGGUACCUCGUAAUAAACCCCCAUUUCCUAAUUCCUAAUCACACCACUGCGUCAUCAUCCUUCCCCCCGCCCUUUGUGCAACUCAACCUCAACCUCACCAUGAACCCACCAUGACAGGCACAUCCCCCGGCCUCCCAGGCCCAUCGCGGGACCCAUCCGCCUCCUCCAUACGACGUCCACUAGGCGCUCGACGUCGCGGCAUGGCGCCAGGUCUCUUCAUCGCCAACCCGGACAACUCGGACGAAGAAUACUCUCCGACGUCUCCCAUCAGCCCAUUAGCCACCUCUAGCUCAUCUUCUGGCCAACAUGCCACCGUACCCGCUCCUCAAUCUGCCCCGCUCGCCUCACCUCUCCUCCCCCCACUCCCUCCUCCUCAACCUGAGCGUCACCUCAGGCGAGCUCAGACGACACCGAUACCUGAACCACCACGGCAUGAACAGAGACCGUCACUGGGUUCGUCGUCACCCUCCCGUGCACUUCCACCGCUACCCUCACCCCCGAUCAGCUCACCAGACCCAGCCAGAGUCACCAGUCCAUCCGACAUGGUCAGUCCGUCGAGCAGUCGCGCCCGGUCUGGUUCGCUCCUGGGGAAGAUUCGGGUCCAGGCGACCGUAGACAAUGAAUCGUUCACCACGGUGGACAUUACUGGGAUGCAGUCGGCCGAGGGGAUCAAGGAUAAGAUAUUUUCAAAGCUCCGCUUUCGUGACGACGAAUACCCCCACCUCUCCCUCUUCACCACCGACGUCGACCUCCAACCCUCUUCCACCCGCCUCACCAACGAAGCCCUCCUCCACCUCUGCCUGACCAAAGGCGACGCCAAAGCCAACCUCAAAUUCUUCGUCAUGCAAGAUCAUUUCGGCGACUCGUCCGCCACCGUUGUCCCUCCCGCCGCCCCGGAGACCGAACUCCCUCGCUCCAAAGGCUUUCGCCAGCUCGCCUCCAUCUCCCCGAGCUCGAGCAGCCUGCCCACCCCGGAUGAAGCUGCCUCCCCUGACAUGGACGACGAGACGAGAAAACUCAUCGCCCAGCUGCAGCGCGAGGAAGAGGAUCAGACAGACGCCCGCCGUCGUCAACUCGAAGCCGACGAGGAACUCGCUCGUCGCGAACAGCGAGCCGAACGAGACGUCUGGGAGGCGAUGCAGGAGAUGGAGCUGGAAAAUGCCCGCCAGCGUACCGCUCAGAUCGAAGAAGACGAACGUCGCGCACGCCAGGUCGAAGCCGAGGACCGGCGUCAGGAACAAGAACGCCAAAUGGAGAUCGAGCGCGCUCAGGAAGAGGCCGCGAGGACAGCAUGGAACAUGGAACAGCAGGAAGCUCAGCAACAACGCACCGACCGUCACACUCAAUUCGCAGAAGAUCGUCGUCAACGGGCUCAACAUUUCCGUCAACAGGGGGCAGACUUUACCUUCCCCACCGCUGUGCCGUUCCGCCCCGGCUCCCAUCCACACGGCUCCACUCGCACUCCCGCUGGUUAUAUCGCCGCACGCAAUGACGCUCCCUCCACCGGCGAACGCAACAUGGAUCCACGUCUCCGCCAGAUGAGCGGCUACUCGUACCGCCAACGACCCUUUCCCGCCCUCAACACCGACCCCGCCCCCGCAGUCUCCCGUCCACCCUACGAAGGCGUCCCUCAACGCACCUACACGCCGGUACCGUCAACCUCGAAGCGUUCGUAUGACACGGACAUGUAUCGCAGCUCGUCCAUUGGGCAAGACGGUCGCUACCCCAGCCCCGUCUCCUUCCCUCGCCCGCACACUCGCAACGGCUCCUCCUCCUCCCUCUCCUACCUCGAAGACGUCUGGGACGACAGCACGCGCUCACGUCGUGGCUCAGCUUCAGAAGCCUACACCACGCUCGCCGCGGCACCCCGUCGCGCGAGUCACGCAGGCGACGAUCGCAGCGGUCGUUGGGACGAUACAGUGUCCUCGCAAAACACUGUCACCCGCCAAGACGUCGAUCAGUGGACCCAUAUCCAACACAUGCUUGCCGACACCAAUGGCCUCCGCCCCACCGUUGACGACGAAGACGACGACAACGACGACAACGACGACGAAGAACAAGAAGAACAAGAAGAGGCCACCCUGUUCCUCCCUGCGUCCCGACCCAAUCUUUCGGUCCAGACCAACGCUCGCCGCGGUCCGUUCAAGAACACCGACCAACAUGCCGGCUGGCACGAUCGGCCCAACCCCGAAGCCCUGUACGAAGUCCUCGACGAGGCCUUCCCCGAAGUCGAUCUCGACAAACCCUUUGUGGACCCUGGUCUCGUCACUCCUACCACGCCUGGCGCCGAAUCUCCCAGUCUCGAACAGCAACAUCAGCCGCCCCUCCUCGCACCCAUCCGCCCCCCAGUCCAGCCCACCCGUGACGUUGUCAAAACCGCCCACCGCAAAUCCAUCCGUGUCCUCGCCGCCCGCACCCUCUUCAAAGAUGUCAAAAACGCCCUCACCGGUGAGCACAAGGAGCAAGAGGAGAAGAAACCCGAGGACAAACCCAAACGUCGAGCGAGCAUGUGGGGUCACAAGAUACAAGAAGUCACCCCGUCAAGACUGGAAGACGUUCCCCCGACGAUCCCCGAAUCUCCCGCGGCCGAUGGCAAACCGGCCACUCUCCGCUGGGUCAAGGGCGAGCUGAUCGGCUCUGGCUCCUAUGGCAAGGUGUUCCUCGCCCUCAACGUCACUACUGGCGAUAUGAUGGCGGUAAAGCAGGUCGAACGCCAGUCGAUCGGUGGCGCGGUGGACAAGCGACUCCAGGGUCAAUUCGACUCAUUGAAAUCUGAAAUCGCUCUCCUCAAGGACCUCUUUCACCCCAACAUUGUGGCAUACCUCGGAUGGGAGGAAACACCAGAAGCCCUGUCCAUUUUCCUCGAAUACAUUCCCGGUGGCACCAUUGCUGCGAUCUACCGCACUCCCGCGCUCGCCGGAGGUUUCGAAGAACAACUCGUCAAAUACUUCACCCGCCAGAUCCUCGAAGGCCUUCUCUAUCUCCACGAACGAAACAUUCUCCAUCGCGACCUCAAAGGGGACAACAUUCUCGUCGACCUCAACGGACAGUGCAAGAUUGUCGAUUUUGGCAUCUCCAAGCGGUACUCUGACGUCUACGACUCGAUCAUCGAGCAAAAGACCAUGAUGAAGGGGAGUUGGUAUUGGAUGGCACCAGAAGUUCUCGGUCCGACCAAAGGCGAGACACCAAAGUCGUACUCGGGCAAAAUUGACAUUUGGAGUACCGGCUGUUGCGUCGUCGAAAUGUUCACAGGUCAAAAGCCCUUCCCGGGGGUUCAGCCCACCACCGCGAUCCUGAUGGUGUUCCAAGGGGAUAUUCCCCCGAUCCCCACCGAUAUCGGCAUCUCUUCCACGGCGAUGGAUUUCAUGACCCAGCGCUGUUUGGUCCAUUCGUCGGAGAACCGCGCGACGGCCGCAGAGUGUCUACGUCAUCCGUUUAUCACAGAAGUGGAUUCAAAGUGGACCUUUGCGCAGAGCAAGAUUGGCAAAUUUUUGGCGAAAAAGGAGACAAAGUCGGUCAGGCGAGGCGGGCGGGGCGAAGUCGAGCAGCGAAGCUGAGUCGAGCGAGGGGGGGCGAGGCGUGCGAGGCGAAGCCGAGCAGCUCAGGUAGAUUCCCAACGGGCACGUGUCAUUCACCUCGCAGCUGAGACGGGCGAGGCGAAGCCGAGCAGCCCAUGUGGCUUUCCGACACAUGUCACUCAUCUCGCGGCUUCCCGAUUGACACAUGUCACUCAUCUCGCGGCUUCCCGAU